CUCUGACCGCUCCUUUCGCACGAACCUACUUCCCCAUUUGUGUGACGAGAUGGGGAGAUGAGGCAGAUCUGACCUGGAAGCCUCGUUGGCCACUGUCCUUUCUAAGGAACUCGCCUUCCAGAGCCCGCCUGCACAGAACUGGUGGGGACUCUUCUAGGAGCAGAGAAUAUGGCGCUCUUCAGGCAGCUGUCCCUGGGCUCGAAGGCUGCCCUGGCUGCGGUCACUGUCUUCGUGUCCAUGAUCGUCUCCCGCUCCUAUCUGGCAGAGAGCCUGGAGCUCAGGGCCUGGCGCUGGCUGUUUCGCCUGCAGCUUGCCCUCUUUGUCAACUCGCUCAUGCUCAUUGGCUCCCUCUACAUCUGGCGUAGCACAGUGAGCAACCUCUGCCACUCCCCAGCGGUGGAGUCCACCUGUUUCCAGCUUUGGAAACUGGUCGUUAUGGUGUUCCUGGCCCUGGCCCAUUCCAGCUUCUUCACCAUGCUCUUUCUGGUGGCUGAGGAGCCCUAUUUCUUUUCCCUGGCGGCCUACUCCUGCCUGGGUGCUUACAUCAUCAUGGUUUUCUUCCUCUGCAUCCUCAGCGGCAUGGAGCAGGCCUACCAGCUCUUGGCCUGGCGCAGUGGUAGGGUUGUGGGCAGCCUUGACAAGUCAAGGAAGCUGGUGCUCAGGCCUGCCCUGGCAGUGGUGGUGACUGCCAUACUCAGCGUGGUUGGGCUUCUGAAUGCUGCCCAGCCCCCGGCUGUGAAAACCGUGGAGCUGCCCAUCCCUCAGCUGCCCCUCUCUAUGAACAACCUCAAGAUCGUGCUCCUCUCUGACAUUCACUUGGGGCCCACGGUGGGCAGGACCAAGAUGGAGAUGUUUGUGAGGAUGGUGAAUGAGCUGGAACCAGAUGUCACGGUGAUUGUGGGUGACCUUUCUGAUUCGGAAGCCUCUGUCCUGCAGACAGCCGUUGCUCCUUUGGGCCAGCUUCAUUCGCGCCUUGGCACCUACUUUGUCACAGGCAAUCACGAGUACUAUACAUCAGAUGUCAGCAACUGGUUUGCGCUGCUGGAAUCCCUGCGUGUCCGGCCGCUUCACAAUGAGAACGUGAAGAUUUCUGCCACAGGGGCCCAGCAUGGUGAAGGUGAAGAUUGGAUCUGCUUGGCUGGAGUGGAUGAUAUCGAAGCAGACAUUCUGCACUACUCUGGCCAUGGCAUGGAUCUCGUCAAGGCCUUGGGAGGCUGCAGCCCAGACCACACCACCAUUUUGCUGGCUCACCAGCCCCUGGCUGCCAAGAGAGCCCUCCAGGCACGGCCAGAUAUUAACCUGAUCCUUUCUGGGCACACACAUGCUGGGCAAAUCUUCCCCUUGAACGUGGCAGCUUACCUCCUGAACCCCUUCUUUGCCGGUCUCUACCAAGUGGCCCAGGAUACAUUUGUAUAUGUCAGCCCAGGGACAGCUUACUAUGGGAUACCCAUGAGGCUGGGGAGCAGGGCAGAGAUCACAGAGCUCAUCUUGCAACGGGCUCCCUGA